UUAAUCUCUGACGUCUGAUUGGGCCGUGCUGGACGAAUACAGGGAUCGGAGAGGCGCUUUGAUGUGGAGAAGAAGGAGCCGCAGUGUGUGCGCGCGCGGAGAGGCCGAAACACACCAUGUUCAUUACCAAGCAUGUGAGGACGGGCAGCCGAUGAUGCUAGCUCUACCAUGGGCAGUGUCACUCUCCGCUACUUCUGCUAUGGCUGCCUCUUCACGUCGCUGACGUGGUCCGUCCUGCUCUUCCUCUACUUCAGCCUGAGUCAGGAGAGCCGCCUGUCCUCCAGCCAUGUGCCCAUCCAGGGGGCGCAACACCGCUUCCAGCCCCGCUUCACCCGCCGCCCCGCCCCGCUCAACAAAGCACACGGACACGACGGUCGCCACGCCGACCUCUCCCCCGAGAUGGGAAUGAUUUAUAAUGAGAAGGAUCAGGAAGUGAGGGAUACAGGUUACCACAGACACGCCUUCAACGUCCUCAUCAGCAACCGGAUCGGAUAUCACCGUGACCUGCCCGAUACCAGGAAUGAAAAGUGUAAAGCGAAGACGUAUCCGUUAGAUUUGCAGGCGGCCAGCGUGGUGAUCUGCUUCUUUAACGAGGCGUUCUCGGCCCUGCUCAGGACGGUGCACAGCGUCCUGGACCGAACGCCCAGUUACCUCCUGCACGAGAUCAUCCUGGUGGACGACAGCAGUGAGCUAGAUGACCUGAAGCAGGAUCUGGAUGUGUACAUACACACUCACCUGCCAGACAAAGUGAAGUUGGUGCGCAAUAAGAGGAGAGAAGGACUGAUCAGAGGAAGGAUGAUCGGAGCCUCACAUGCUACAGGUAAGGUCUUGGUGUUCCUGGACAGUCACUGUGAGGUGAACGAGGCGUGGCUGCAGCCGUUGCUGAGCCCGAUUAAAGAGAACCGGCGGAUGGUGGUGUGUCCAGUUAUCGACAUCAUAAGCGCCGACACGCUGCUCUACAGCCCCUCCCCCAUCGUCAGAGGGGGCUUUAACUGGGGGCUGCACUUUAAAUGGGACCCCGUUCCUGUAUCAGAGCUCAACAACCCCAGCGGCGCCAUCAGGUCUCCUACGAUGGCCGGGGGUCUGUUUGCCAUGGACCGAGAAUACUUCAACGAGCUCGGACAGUACGACAGCGGCAUGGACAUCUGGGGCGGAGAAAACCUGGAGAUCUCAUUCAGAAUCUGGAUGUGUGGAGGUCAGCUCCUGAUCAUGCCCUGCUCGAGAGUGGGCCACAUUUUCCGUAAGCGUCGUCCGUACGGCUCACCCGGAGGACAGGACACGAUGGCGCGGAAUUCGCUGCGUCUGGCCCACGUCUGGAUGGACGAGUACAAGGAGCAGUACUUUGCCCUGCGUCCUGAGCUCAGAAGCCAUGACUUCGGGGACAUCAGUGACCGGCUGGCCUUGCGUGAGCGCCUGCAGUGUCGCACCUUUAAGUGGUAUCUCGAUCACGUUUACCCAGAAAUGCAGCUGUCCUCACCCCAGAAUAAAGCACAGCCUCCUGUCUUCUUCAACCGCGGCGUCAAGAGGCCCAAAGUGCUGCAGCGGGGCCGGCUGCGUAACCUGCUGGCUGAGAAGUGUCUGGUGGCUCAGGGGCGUCCCAGUCAGAAAGGCGGCACUGUCGUGGUGAGACCCUGCGAUUCUCAGGACCCUGAACAGGAGUGGACGUAUGAUGAGGAGCACGAGCUGAUCCUGGCCGGCUUGCUGUGUCUGGACAUGUCGGAGAUCCGCUCGGCCGAUCCUCCUCGCCUCAUGAAGUGUCACGGCUCGGGCGGCUCUCAGCAGUGGAGUCUCGGGAAGAACAGUCGUCUGUACCAGGUGUCAGUGGGUCAGUGUCUGGCCGUCCUCGACCCACUCAGCCAUAAGGGCUACGUUGCCAUGGCGAUCUGCGACGGCUCCGAGGGCCAGCAGUGGCAGCUAGAGGGAUGAUGAAGCUUUGCUCUGAACACACACACACGCACUCGCCCCCUGCAGCCUGUGGGGUGAACCAACAGUUGAUAAUUGGCAGAAAAACUGACCAAUAACGCAGCACAUAUUCAUUACGGCUGACGGAGCGAGAUUCAGCUGAUCCAGUGAAGUGCAUCUCUCUCUCUCUCUCUCUCUCUGUAUUCCUCAACGUCAAUGGAAGCUCUUUUUUUAAUUUAUAAUUUUAAGCGGCUUGAUGAAUCUUAACCUGUUUGCACAGUGAUUUUUUUUUUUGCAGAGACAAUUCAGCAACCUAAGCGUAGAUGUUCUCGUGGAUCGACUCGCAGUACUGAUCUGUCCGACUUUUACAUUUCUGUAACUUUUGAUAAUAAUUUUGAAUCCUAUAGCGCGGGACGUUUCGCUUCGUUUUCUUUAAAGGAAAAGUCGGAGGUGUGACGGCGGCGUUAAACACCCGGGCUACGUUUCAUUUGACUUUUUAUCUUUAUUCUUUAGGUCAUGAUGUCAUUUGUGCUUAUAUAAAUUAAUAGGUCAGGCUAGGCUUGUGCGAUAUUGAUUUUUAUUAUUAUUAUUUUUCUUCUUCCUGCUCAUAAUUUACAUUAAAAUGGUAUUUAAGCCCUUAUUCUUGUAAACCGCUGUAAGAUCACAUUAGAUUAGAUUUUAUUUCAGGUUAAUAAACUAAACAGUCUCUAUUAUGACAGCAUGCAGGUGUGUGAUGGAGGAAGUGGGCGGGGCUUCCAGGUGAUGUUCGAUACAGAUGUGAUCUGCUUUAAUGUGGAGGUAAAUGUCGUGAGGUCUGGUAAUAUAACAGUAUUAAUAUAAUCAGCAUGAAUUUUGGGAAUGGUUAUAUCGCACAAGCCUACAGCAUGUAGGAAUGACCGCAGUGAAGUCUGAAGUGCGUCAGGACUGAGGAGAAGUCCAUGUCUGAUUUCUUUUCAUUGUGGCUCAAACCAACCAGGUUCAUUAGAAAUAUCACACGAGGCUCUUCAUAAACUCUAAACAUCCAUGUCCAGUCCUGAGCACAACUCCUAGUAGUUGAAGUUAAGGUCAGUUUUAUUUGUGUUUUCAUUUUUUCUUAUGCUGUGAAAGUAAGCGGUUUGAUUAAUGAAGUGCUGUUUUCAUAUCCUCUGUUCUGUUAUCAAUAAAGGAACAUCGGAAAUA